GUCGUCGUGGGCGCCGGCGUCAUCGGCCUCACGGCGGCGCUCGAGCUGCGCGCCCACGGGCACGCGGUGCACGUCGUGGCGCGCGACAUGCCGCACGACGCAGCCUCGACGCAGUUUGCCUCGCCCUGGGCCGGCGCCAACUGCGUCUCGUACGCCGCCGACGACGACCUGCUGCAGCAGCGCUGGGAGCGCACGACCUGGAAGCGGCUCGCAGGCAUCAGUCGGAGACACCCAGACCUUGUGCAGAAGAUCCCGUUCGAGCUCUACUCCGCCUAUCUGGCGGCGAACCAGCCGUGGUGGAAGGACAGUGAGUGCGGUGCCGGCACAUCUCUGAUGCAGCCUGACACGGCCCUCAUCGUGAACGCCUCGGCGCUGGGCAGUCGGUGGCUGGCGGAUGUGCUCGACGAGAAGGUCGUGCCGGCGCGUGGUCAGACGGUGCUCGUGCGGGCGCCAGACGUGCGGCUUAUGGAGGAGGCGGCCAAGUCGCAGCCGACCUACAUCAUCCCUCGCGCGGGCAGCGGCCAGGUCAUUCUCGGCGGCACGUUCGAGGCUGGCUGGGCUAACGAGGCGGUGAUCAAUGAGGCGACCACGGACCGCAUCCUCGCCGACUGCACUCGGCUGUGUCCGGCACUGGCCGAGUGCGAGGUGAUCAGUGUCAAUGUCGGCCUGCGCCCGGUGCGGCUCGGGGGCACGCGCCUCGAGCCUGACCGCCUGGCGAAUGGCGUCGACGUGGUGCACUGCUACGGUGCCGGGCCAGCGGGCUACCAGCAGUCAUGGGGC